ACAUAUGACAGUUUGUUGUUUAUUUUGACAACCUUAACAAACCCUAAACCGAAAAGCUUUUUACAUUUACAUAAAUCGAAGAACAAUGACGGACCACGAAAGAGCCGUUUACGCGAAAUUAGAAGCCAUAAAAGAGAUCAGAACUAAAACGAUUCAACUUGAGAAGUUAAAAGCUAAGUUAAUCUUAGAGAUUGAGAGUCAAGAUCAGGAGGAGAAAUGCCUAGCGGAAUACAAACAAGAAAUGGAGCUUUUGUUGCAGGAGAAAAUGUCUCACGUCGAAGAAUUAAGACAAAUUCAUGCUGAUAUAAAUGCGAUGGAGGGGGUAAUUAAACAAGCUGAGGAAGGCCGAACUCGUUCUAUUUCAACAUCGGCUCGAUUACACGAAGAGUAUCUUCCGUUAAAGCUUGAAAUCGAUCGUUUGAGACGCGAAUGUCUCGGAUUAGAACGUUUGCCCGAGUUACAUGAGGAAGAUGGGACUAAUAUAACUCCGGAGCGCUACAGCCAACUUUUUGCUUCAACGAAAUCGUCGACUUCAACUUUUCCGAAAGGAACUGAUUGGACAAGACCUUUACCGGCUACGGAAACUUCUUUAUCUUCGUUAGCUCCGCCGUUACCACCGAGUUUUUUAGCCCCGCCGAAUCCGUUGCGGUUAGUUUCUAAUAAAUCGGAACAAUCAAGACCGAGCCCUUUGGCAACUGGUUCGCAUGGUGGCCCUCCUACUCCAUCGUUCAGGUCGGAUUUUAUGACUAUGAGGCAACAACCGCCGCCGAUGAAAUCUUGUUUGAGUUGUCAUCAACAGAUUCAUCGAAACGCUCCAAUUUGUCCUCUUUGUAAGGCUAAAAGUAGGUCGAGGAAUCCAAAGAAACCCAAGAAGAAAGAUCAUUAAUUCAAUUAUUAAGUAAUUAUUAUGAUUAAGAAAAAAUUAAUCAAAUUUUAGGUUCAAUGUGAAGUUUGAGAUUGUGUUUAUGUUGGGUUUUUGAUUCUUUUUAAUUUCUUGAGUAUAAUAUUAUAUUGUCUUGUAAUGUGUCUUGAUUAGGUGUACUUUAUGUGGUUUAUAAGCAAAACAGUUUUGGUGUAUCAAAUAAAAAGUGUUCAAAAAA